AUGGCGCGACAUUCAAGAUCAAGAAGCCGUUCUCGAUCUUCACACAAAAGACGCAAACAUUCACAUAGGAGUGAACGGGCUCGUAGUAGAGAACGUAGUAGCAGCACAAAAGAGAGCGUCAGUGAACGAUCUCGCGAAAGUAGAGAAGAGAGAAGGGGACGGGAUAAAGAUCGUCACAGGGAGGAAAGAGAACACAAAAGGACAAAGCAUUCGAGAGUAGAUUCUGAAAGAGAGGAGGCUUUUGAUCGAGGUAGUGAAUCGACAAGUGAUAGACAUUAUCACCACCACCAUCAUAAUGGACGUUCUUCAACUACUACUAUUUCGACUAUUAGUAAUAAUCAAGAAACUCGAGAAAUAAAGGGCAGUAGUAAAUCAUCGUCGCAUAUUACCACUUUCAAUGUGACUGAUAAUAAAACUGAGAAUAUUGGAGUUCGUGAUAGUUCGUUGACUCCGAAUGGUCAUGGUAAACAAUCAAAGUCACAAAGCCCUGAACCGAAGGCGUUAAAUGCUACUUCUCCCAAAACGAUAGUUUCUCUUAUUGAUCAGGAAGAAGAAGAAAAAAUCCCCGAAGAAGAGGCGAAAGCUAAAAUUGCGGCCGAAUCCACCUCCUCCAGUACAAAUCAAGAUAUUCAUCAAGACAUUCGUAAUAAUGGCAAAGGAUGGAGUCUAGACGAUGACGACGAAGAUGAUACUAUGGAUGUUGAUGGCGUAACAGAGACCGUGGUAGACUUGCCAUUGCCCAUACCAAAAGUUGCUGAUAAGUCUACAGAACCAUCGUCCACAUUACAAUUUCGAAGAAACCCAUUACUCGGGCUAGGGAAUAAGAAAUCUACGAUAAACAUUAAAACGAAAUCGAAGGCAACUGCCUCUACUGAAGACGAAGAUAAGGGAUUAACUUCGUCGUCGCCUUCAAAAUUAAACAACGCUAAAGAGGCUACGAUGUCAUCUACUAAUACCACGCAAAUUGUUGAGACCGCAAAUGAAGACGAAGAUCCGUUAGACGCCUAUAUGAAAGACGUCGAGAUCAAAGUUGGCAUAUUGAACGAACAAGAUAAGAAGAUAGCCAAGCAAAUUGAUAAGGAUAUUUUAGCUAUUGCGGCUAAAAAAUUAAAAAAGAAAGAUUUGGCCGCAGUUGAUCACUCGCAAGUGAAAUAUGAACCAUUUCAAAAAAAUUUCUAUAUUGAACCACCAGAAAUGCGUGAUUUGACACCAGACCAAGUGGAUCUACUUCGAGUAGAACUGGACGGAAUAAAGAUUCGAGGUAUUGAUUGUCCGAAACCUAUUAAAAAAUGGACUCAUGCUGGAUUACCUGCCUCCUGUCUACAAGUGAUUAAAAAAUUAAAUUUUGAAAAGCCCACACCCAUUCAAUCGCAAGCAAUUCCUGCAAUAAUGGCAGGCCGUGAUGUCAUAGGCGUAGCCAAAACGGGUAGUGGCAAAACCAUUGCGUUUCUGCUACCAAUGUUUCGUCACAUCAAAGAUCAACGUCCACUUGAACCGAUGGAAGGUCCCAUUUCUAUUAUUAUGACGCCGACUCGAGAAUUGGCGGCUGUUUGUGCUUAUGGCGGAUCUCCCAUAAAAGACCAGAUUGCUGAUCUAAAACGUGGCGCUGAAAUUAUUGUGUGUACUCCUGGUCGUAUGAUUGACCUUUUGUGUGCUAAUGCUGGACGCGUCACGAAUCUUAAACGAGUUACUUACUUGGUUUUGGAUGAAGCGGAUCGUAUGUUUGAUAUGGGAUUUGAACCUCAAGUAAUGAAGAUUGUAAAUAAUGUACGGCCUGAUCGACAAACGGUUCUAUUUUCAGCCACAUUUCCACGUCAAAUGGAAUCUUUAGCUAGAAAAGUCUUAAGAAAGCCUCUUGAAAUAACAGUCGGAGGCCGCAGUGUUGUUGCUCAAGAUGUUACGCAACUAGUAGAAGUUCGUGAAGAAAAUACAAAAUUCGUUCGGUUGCUUGAAAUCUUGGGACAACAAUACAAUGAUGACCCGGAUGCUCGUUGUUUAAUAUUUGUCGAUCGUCAAGAAGCCGCUGAUAAUUUGCUGAGGGAUUUGAUUCGAAAAGGGUAUCCGUGCAUGUCUCUACAUGGUGGCAAGGAUCAACUGGAUCGUGAUAGCACUAUUGCAGAUUUUAAGUCUGGAGUAUGCCAACUUUUAAUAGCAACGUCUGUUGCCGCUCGCGGCCUUGAUGUAAAACAGCUAAAACUUGUUAUUAAUUAUGAAUGCCCUAAUCAUAUGGAAGAUUACGUGCACCGAGUGGGUAGAACAGGACGAGCAGGUAAUAAAGGAACAGCGUAUACUUUCAUUACACCUGAACAAGAUCGAUACGCUAUGGAUAUUAUGAAAGCUCUGAAGUUGAGUGGGGGUAACGUGACUCCUGAAUUACAACAGCUUGCAGAAGGAUUUCAAGAGAAAGUCAAAGCAGGUAGUGCUACUUAUUCAGGUUCAGGAUUCGGUGGAAAAGGUCUUGAAAGAUUGGAUGAAGCGAGAGAUCUUGUUAAAAAAGCUCAACGCAAGACAUAUGAAGAGAUUUCAUCAGCGGCGAGUAUUGCUGCUGCGGCUGUUAGCAGCAAAAUAUCAAGUCUCGCUGCUUCUACUCCCGCCGCUGCUUCAUCAAUUGCUUCUGUUACAUCAUCGGUCUCAGGACAAUCUACCGAAAUGAAUCCAGCGGCCAUAGCAGCUCUGAAAGCUGCACAACAAGCCGCUGCUAGAAUUAAUGCAGCCGUUGGCACAAGUGGAGUACAACGUGCUAAGGAUAUCAUUGCAGAUAUAAAUUCGCGAUUUAAAGAGAAUUCAGUGCAAGGAGGUGUUGUUACGGAAGAAAAUAAAACUGAAAAUGCUGCCGAGUAUUCGGUCGAGAUAGAAAUAAAUGAUUAUCCACAGAAAGCACGGUGGAAGGUAACAAAUAAGGAACAAAUAUCACAAAUCACAGAACUUACAGGCGCAGCAAUCACCACUCGCGGGACAUACUUCCCACCUGGACGCAAUCCAGCUCCCGGGUCCGGUGAACGAAAACUAUAUUUGUUUGUCGAGGGUGAAAAUGAAUAUGUUGUGGAGAAGGCAAAGAAUGAAAUCAAACGUAUUCUCACGGAGACUACUCUCAGUGCUAUCGAAGCUGAAUCACGAAAUCCCGGAAGUAAUUCAUUAGGCGGAUAUGGCAAGUAUACAGUUGUUUAA